AGGACACUGGACGAUUUACAGAAGUAUGUAUUGUGUAGUGCAUGUGUGUACUUAAGUACAGUUCUGUUCCGUCAAAACAAAGAAUCAGAAAGGAAUUACGUUGGAAGUUCGUUUUUAGAGUACUUGUUCAAUUAAAAUUUCGAGCAAUAUGAAGCCCACCCCUGUAGCAGAUGAAAUGUUCCCCGAGGGUGCUGGAUCCUUCAUUGAAUUGGAAGAGGUUGGAGGCAGUCGUUUAUUAGUCGAUCUUACUGCUAGUGAAAAAGCAGUGCAUUCAGACUUUUUUAAUGAUUUUGAUGAUUUGUAUGAUGAUGAUGACCUCGAGUGAACCAAUGUUAUAUUCUAUCAAUAGUUGUAUCAAAAAUGUAGAUAUUUAUUUCCAUUGAAUUUUUCAAAUUAUGAAAUUGUAGUAUCAAUAGCCUUUUUCAGUUCGUGAUCAAUAAAAACAAGUUUCAUAUAAUAACCUAUAACUUGCUAUGCUUUAAAACAAUUGGGUAAGAAUAAUAAAGUAAACUCUGCAUUGAAAUAAAAUAUGCAAUGUAUUUUGUUGUAUUGGUAUCUUACAACAUCCAUAAAAAGGUUGAAAUUAACGUACGGUAAUGUCGUACAUUUAUGAAUAUAAAAUUUUAAAUUAAUUACAAUUAGUUUGAUGUAGGUGAAACCUGAUAUUGAAGCAAUUAAAUGAAUAAAGGAAGAUAAAUUGAUGUA